AUGCCGCAUAAGCGGGCAAAAUACUCCGAGAGGGAGAAGAAACGCGCGCAAUCUGGGCUGAACUUGCCCCCAGCAGGAAAGCAUGCUAUAGACAAUGAGGACAUACCCAAAGGAGCUGCUCGAGUAUUGAAUGCGGCAAAGAUACAAGAAGAGUACAGACAGAAGCGGAAACGCGAGCAGGAGGAGAAAGACGACCUGCACGGAGGUGCUCCGCGGAAGAAGACAAAGCGCAAGGGCUCGCAUGCUGCUGUGAAGGAGGAGAUGAAGAUUAUGCCUGGAGAAUCCAUAGCACAUUUCAACCGACGAGUGGAGGAUUCCAUGCGCUCGGCGGUGCGUACUGCCGUGAAGCAGUCGUCUACCAUCGUACGGAAGACGAAGAAGGAAGAAGAAAUGUCGAAGUCUCAAAGCAGAUCCAACGCGAAGGGUAAAGCCGCAAAGCCUGAUGCCUCCCUUGCGCAAGCGGACUCUCCGUCAAAGCCUAGCGCACCAGUCGUUGAGAAGCAACAGAAGCUGAAAGACUUCGAGCGUCUGUCCACUGCUGCUCCGAAGCGACUGAACGAUAUCGUCCAGGCACCGCCGGAGAUCAAGAAGCUACCGCGGGGAGCGAAGGCGCGUCCAGCCAACCAACCCGGGGUGGAUAGUGGGACCACAUUACGACAGGGAGCGCUGUCUAUGGCGCAGAGGGCUAUGCUAGAGGAGGAACGAGUGCGGGCUGUGAGGAUGUACAGAGAGAUGAAAAGGGCGAAAGCAAGUGGCUAA